GCUUAAACAUUCAAGAGUAUUUUUGGUGUUACGCAUAUUUUAUUUACUCUAAUAGAAGGACAUAAACUUAAGAUUGACGGUUUUCUGCAGAAGUUUGUAGAAAUAGGGCAGGAUUUAGUGAAAUAAUUUUAGGUAAUAUUAUCGAACGUCAUAGCGAGACUCAACAAGAUGGCGGCGAGUGGGGAGAGGGCGCCCAGUAUGCCAGGUGCUGCCGCCGCGUCGAGUUCGGCGCUAUAGCUAACUAAAUAGGUACGCAGAGUGUUGUACAUUUUAGAACGUUCACAAUGGCUACCGCGAAAGACACGUCUGCUUUCUUGCGUGAAGCAGAUGCUAAAGAUUUUGAUAGUGUUUUAAAGUUAUAUCCACAAGCGAUUAAACUAAAGGCCGACCAGAAAACAAAGAGGCCCGAGGAGCUGAUAAAAUUGGACAACUGGUACCAAAAUGAAUUGCCCAAGAAGAUCAAAUCCAGGGGCAAAGACGCGCACAUGGUACAUGAGGAAUUGGUACAGCUGAUGAAAUGGAAACAAGCCCGGGGAAGGUUCUACCCACAACUAUCAUACCUCAUAAAAGUGAACACGCCACGAGCCGUGAUGGCGGAGACGAAGAAAGCCUUCAAGAAGUUGCCGAACAUAGAAUCUGCGAUGACGGCUUUAAGUAAUCUUAAAGGGGUCGGUACGGCCACAGCCUCCGCACUCUUGGCUGCUGCCAGCCCCGAGAUAGCGCCAUUCAUGGCCGACGAAUGCGUACAAGCCAUUCCUGAAAUGGAAGGAAGUGAUUACACUGCCAAGGAAUACCUCAAUUUUGUUAAACAUAUUAGAAACGUCUGUGAUAGGUUAAAUAAGGAUCAAAACGGUUGUGGCAAGAAAUGGUCACCGCACAUGGUAGAACUCACGUUAUGGAUACACCACAUAGUAUCAGACUUACAACCAGAACUACUCGGCAAGCCCCCAAAGAUCGCACCCACGAAUGGGGGUUCACCUUUGCCCAGCGACGAGAGCAAUCUAGAACCGCCGACAAAUGGUAACGGUAAAUUAUCAUCAGAGUGCGCAGAAGACACAACAUCUUGCACAGAAGACUCCAUGGACGCAAAAGGCGCGUCACCAUCGAAUCCAGCGACGCCAGCAUCCCCCUCCGACAACUCUGACUCAGCGUUGAGCACGCCCCGAGCUAAACGGCAAAUAGAAGAAGCGAGUUCAGAAGAGAACUCGCUGGGUGACGCGUGUGACGUCGCGCCGCCCGUCAAGAAGCUCCGAGAAGCCACGCACUGACAGCGCCCCCACCGAACCCGCGCGCCUAUAUAAAUAGCUUAGACUUAAUAUUGUACCUAGGUAAUUUAUUUUGAAAUUCCGUUUAAUUUUAACUUAGAUUAAGUUUAAGAUUACCGAUGAAUUUUUGUAAGUUUUAUAGGGUACCAAUCGGAUUAAUCGUUUACGGAUGCGUUAUGGACGGGCGCUCUUCAGCCCUGGUAUGAGGUGACAAUAUCACUGUUGUUUAUUGGAACCUAAAUUUUUAGAUCUUUUAUAGCAACGAUGUUUGAAGCUAACCAACAUCGUGACAGCAGUGGUACCGUGUCAUCUCAUACUAUGGGUACAAUAUUGUGAGUGUACGAGCGACUCGUGGGGCCUAGUUUAAGGUUUCGUUUAUAAUUUUACGUUCGCAUCGCUGACAUUCCAAUAAGUGUAACGAUAGGCGGCGAGGGUUAGUGGGGGGAGGGGUUAGCCGCAACAGGACCAGAUGCCUUGACGACACUCACUACAUUGCCUUAUAAUACAGUCUGCCCGCAGAGUUUAUAUGCAACAAGAUAAUACAAAGGACGUGUUACCCGGGCACCGGGCACACGGGCCCAUGAUGUAGUUUUAUUGAACAAAUAUAAGAUAUUAAUUUUAUAA